AUGAUGACCUCUGUAUUCGGCUCGAACAAUGAUGUCUCACAACUGGGAACAGCCCUGCUCCGCAUCUCCCCACUGGUCAUAUCGUCCGCAUCCUUGAUGUUCAGCUGGUCGCAGGACAUCUCUCUUGGGGCAUUCUUACACCCCUCCUUACGGCACGACGCAGCCCACCCGAGUGGCAAACUCCUCCCUCGAUACCUGCCCGCUUUCAUGAGUCCUGGGAUCUGGGGUAUCGGCUUGACCUACCCCCCUGCCACCGUCCUUUGUGUUAUCAAUGGGUUGAGCCGUCAGAGUCAGGAGGCUCGCAACCUAUACUUUGCCGGCGCGCUGUUUAGUAUCGCUCACUUUUGCUGGGGGCCGACCAUGUUUGCUAUCCUCGGCCGUAUUGGCGAUGUGAAGACUGCCAGAGUCCGAAAUGAGGACGCGCUCCAGGAAUGGCUGCCCAAACACCGCGCACGAACGCUGUUGGUGAAUGUUCCAGCCUUUCUUUGCAUCUUGGCCGCCACCUUGAAAUCUCGCUGCUAA